UAUAUAGGACGCCGUGUUUGUGUUUUGGGUUUCUAUGACAGUUUACGUCUGUCAUGACGGAAAUUUAAAUCUAUAUUAAUUAUUUUGUACUUAGUAAGAAGAGGCGCAAUGUGGAAACUCCAGCCUACAGAGUCGGAAACAGGAGCAGUUUCUUUACUCGCCGGUAAAGAGUAUGUAGUGGGCCGUAGGAACUGUGACAUCAUCCUGUCCAGCGACCAGUCGAUCAGCCGUGUACAUGCGCACCUCACUGUCACUGAACAGACAGUCACGCUAAAGGACAGCUCUAAGUAUGGCACUUCGGUCAAUGAUGAGCGACUAGAGACUGGCUCCACCAAGACCCUGCAUGCUGGAGACAGACUCUUAUUCGGGGUCUUCCAAAGCAAGUUUAAGCUGGAACUUGAUGUGUUGGUGUGUUCAUCAUGUGUGGAUAAUGAAGGAAAAGCAGCUCUUUCUAAGGCUGUAGAGUCCUUAGGGGGGCGUCUGUUCAACUCAUGGUCUCAGGAAUGCACUCAUCUCGUCAUGCCUUCUGUAAAAAUCACCAUUAAGACGAUCUGUGCAUUGCUGUGCUGUCGGCCCAUAGUGAAACCUGAGUUCUUCACUGAGCUCUCUAGAGCCGUCCAGCAGAGGAAAACACUACCUAAAGCUGAAAGCUUCAGGCCUGGGAUAGAUGAGCCUUCUCUAAAAAAGGACAAGGUGGACCUUGGUUCUCGACCGGAGAGAAAGAUGCUUUUCUCAGGCAAAAAAUUUGUCUUUCUUAACACCAAACAGAUGAAACGUCUAAGUCAGGCCAUCAGUUGUGGAGGUGGAAGCAGUCAGCUUUUGGAGGAGGGCUCUCUGCCUCUGUCACUUCUAGAGUCCACAGAAACUUGUGUUGUUGAUGUGGUAACAGGAUCCUCCCAAACUCUUGUACCCUCUGCCUGCAAGAAAUGGGCAGACUCUGUUGGUCAGAUACUUGACAGAAAUGCUUUGCGCUUUAUCACUGAAUCUGAGAUCGGAUUGGCUGCCAUCUAUGUUAACAAUCAGACCUACUGCAAUCCCCGUGCCUCUUUGGAUUCCGAAUCUGUUCGAGUAAAGCCAGUCAUCCCUGGUGGAACACUUUCCCAGAAUGCAGCAGUGGAUGAGACUGUACUUCCUGCUGCCUCCCUAAACAUCACUGCCUACGCAGCCAACACUGAGCAAUCUCAGAGUAGUAGCAGGAUGGAUGUGUGUGGCACCACAGCAGUGGGUGAGACUCCAGAAAAACAGUCCACAAAUCCACCGGGGUCAACAAGACAGUCAGCAAUGAUGAGAAAAGCAGCAAUAGUCUCGGAGCCUCCAAUCACCAGCUCUAAGUCUGUAAAGUCAUCAGUGAACACCAGCGAGGAGGCACAAGAGAAGAAGACAGAAUCAGCUGUUAGAAGGAAUGAUGGGUCUGUGGGAUUUGAAGGUUCUUUAAACAACAGUGCCAUGAUUAAAAAAUCCCCCCAGAAACAGACGUCACUCGCUAGCUACUUCCAACCUGUCAGCAAGAAAAGAUUGCGUGAAGGUGCUGCCGACUCUGAACUCUCCGAGGCCAAACUUGCCAGACUAGACACUGAGGAUAAAGAAAUUGAGGAGACAAAGAACUCCGACUUGUCCGUACCCCUGAAAAAAGCUGCAAAACAAACAAGCUCACACACUUCCCAAAACCAGCAUGCACACAACCCACGAUCUGGAUGUAGUACCAGUCUUGGUUUGGGCUCUGGUAUUGGUAUGAGUUCAGGUGAGAGAAAGCACAAUGAGAACUGUGAUUCCAGUCUAAAUUCAGGCAGUAAGAAGAGAAAAGAGCCAGACCAGGACCCUGAAGAAUCUGCUGAUUUAAACCUGUCCCUUGAAGAGCUUGAAUCCAUCAUGUCGGAGGAUAUGGAUGAACCUGCGCAGCCAGCGGCAACUAAGAAGCAGUGUUUGGAUCGAGGGGAUAGCAGCUCAAACAGUAAUGGGCAGGACUGGAAAUCGAAUGCUACGUCCAGCAAUCAGCCAAAAGCACUGAAACAGCAUGGUGUACAUGACAUUAGCCAAACGUCUGAGCAGGACAAGCCCAGUUCAGUUAGUGGCAAUAAGGACUCGCACUCGCAGAUGAGGGCACAGAGAUCAUCCAAUAAGAUGGAGGAUUUGGAACAGGAAGACCACAAGUCCACGCAUAAAAAAGAAAGCUGUGGAUCUUCAGACGUCAAAGAAGAGGAGGUUUCAUUUGUUGUGGCUACAAAGGCACCAAGCGGCUUUGACCCACCCAGCGACAUGGUUGAAGUCAAACAAGAACCCAAGGGCUCAGAGUCUGGUACUGAGAAUGACCCAGAGCUUCCUAGGAGACUACUGCAAGUCCAAUUCACGUCCCUCACCGUGAGCGCUUCCUGCAGGUCGAGAACUGAGCCCUUACAAACCCGAGAUCCCAACGGCAAGAACUUCAAACGCUUCCGCAAGGUACUUGUUCCAGGACUUCAGGGGUUGCCCAGAAUCAUAGGUGGCUCUGAUCUGGUGGCUCAUACUCACAGCAAAAGCUCAGAACUGGAGGAGUGGCUGAGAGAUGCUGCAGAGGAGGAGAAGCAGCAAGAACGAGAGGAAACUAUGGGAGAUGACCUUUUCAGGUACAAUCCAAAGCCAACUAAAAGAAGAUGAAGGAUUGGUGGAAACUGGUGAUGUUUUAACACCUUGACUGUUUGAAAUAUUCUAGUUUGUGUUUUUUCAGUUCAUAAUGCAAUUUGAGCAAUUUAACACAUGCUGAUUUGCACUUAGAUUAUCAUGCAAGGUGCCACGUGCACGCUUCAUAAAAAAUAGAUGUUAAAACCGUUUCAAGUUUUUUGUUGUUGUAGACGUACAGGUGGAAAUUGCAACUAAACUAUAUGGCCAAAGGCAUCCGAUGAAAUUCUGCAUGUGAAAUAGUCCAUGUAUUAAUGUAUUAUACACUACAAAAUACCAGAAUGUGAAAGGCAGACUGAACUGCACCCUGUCGAAUGUUGGAUUUGUACGUUCACUAAUUAUUAGAAGCUACACCUACCACACAGAUGAACUUUCAGGCUAUCUGCUCCUGUUCUCAGAACUGAAAUGACACUAGCACUGCAAUACUUUGAGUAGUCUGUGCUGUACUAAAAUCGGUAAAUCAGGUGCGGUAGUGUUGUUGGGAUUUUGCUCCAACCAAAAAUCUAAUCCGAGGGUGUCCACUUAUUUAGAAGUACUGGAAGAUAAAUACAUUAGGCAUGAACAAAAAAAAAUAGCUGUAGUAGCUGUGAGUUUAAACAGUAUUUAAAAAUCCCAACAACACUGCUGCACCUGUUACAUUAUUGCCAGAAUAAUUCACCUCCCAAACAUCUGCUUGGUUAAGGGUCCUAUGGGGCUCCUGUUCCAUUAAUAAAUGCAGUACAGGCCGUUCAGGUGGUGCAGCGGUAAAUACGUUAGCACACCAGAGCUGGGAUUUCGAAUACAUCGUAUCGAAUCUCAGCUCUGCCAUCCGACUGGGCUCAGCGGCUACAUGAACAACGAUUGGCUGUAGUUCACAGGGUGGGAUGAGCCGGACAAGGGUUCCUUGUGACCUCUGCUGGCUGAUUGAUGGCGCCUGCACAGAGUUGGGGAAUAAUGCUGAUCAGGGUGUGGCUCUCCGUGCACAAGGCUGAUCUGCAUAUGGACUCGCCUCGUGCAGGUGAAAAGAUGCAGUCGGUACUGCACACGUGUCGGAGGGGGCGUGUGUUAGUUGCGAAGCUCCUCAGUCAGCAGUGGAGGGUUGUAUCGGUUGAGGUGAAGCGUAAUGCAAUCAGGGUAACUGGAUACGACUAGAUUAGGGGGAAAAAUCGGAGAAAAAUUAUAAAAAAUAAAUAAAUGCAGUACAGUGUACAGAGCAACAGAUAGGCUACAGUCAGUAAUUGUUUACCCACAAAGUUCAUCUGUGUGCUAAGAGUAGCUUAACAUUGAAUGUACUUACCUAAUAAGAGUUGUUUUGCCAUAUUUUGGACAUACUCAAUUCCCCUGUGCACACUGGGGACCUCUACUCAUUGCACAUCUCCCACGCUGGUCGAGGAGUUCCACCCCCCGACAUGUGGUCUUCUUGCUGCUACUUGCAUCUUUUUACCAGCCAGCAGCGGAUCUUUAUAAAAAGCUUUAGCACAUUUGCAGUGCUGCACCCGCCUCUCUGCCUUUUUCUGUCGCUUGUGCUGGUUUUCAACCAGACAAUAGGAGUCACUGUCACUCCCACCCGGUCUUCUCCUAUCGUCUGUUGACCCUCAAAAUCGAGGCAUAAGACUUGAUUCUAUGCGGUGGAGGGUUAGCAGAUUAGAAUUGCCACCUGAGCAUCUGGAUUAUAUAUAUUUUUUUGUUAUAUGGGGACUGAAGUGUCUUGGUUUAAUUAAUUUACACUGAAAAUGUCAUGUUGUGUAGGAAAGAAAUACACGUAAAAUACCCACUAUAUGGACAAAAGUAUUUGGACACCUGACCAUGAGCUUGCUGGACAUUCCAAUUCAAAAACAAAAGGUAUUAAAAUAGAGUGACCUCUAUGUGAUCUUUUCGGCUACUUCUCUAAGACUUUCAAAGACUCUCACACAAGACUUUGAAGGAUGUCUCUGGGAAUUCAGUCAAAAUAGCGUUUAUAUGGCUGGGCACUAAUGUUGGUCAGGAAAGUAUCAGUUGAUGUUUCAAUUCAUUUUGAAAGCUGUUCAGUGGAGCUGAGGUCAGGGCUCUGUGUAGGACACUGGAGUUUCUUUAAAACAAGCUAUUCUUCAUGUCUUUAUAGACCUUGCUUUGUGCACAGGGGCACAGUCAUGCUGAAAAAAGGAAAGGGUCUUUCCUACACAAUUGCUGCUUAAAGUUGAAAACGGAUCAUUUCCUUUAUACAUAUACAACAAUUUUAUAAGCAGUAAGUGUUUGGCUGAAACACGUUAAUUCAAAAAACUAAAAGGGGUGUGUCUAUACUUUCAUCCAUAUAGUGUAUUAUUUAGUGCCUACCUAACAGCUUUUCUAAGAUUUACCUAAAAAUCUACUUGUCCUGUUCACUUACUGUUCACUGUUUACUAAUGUUAACCGAUGUAAAGCAAGUAUUUUUAAAUUAAGUUUUAUUUAAUAUAAUAAAAAUGUUGCAUUUAAAA